AACAAGAAUUUAUUAUUUACAGCUGUAUAGACAGCAACAUGGGUGGUGCAGUUAGUGCUGGUGAGGAUAAUGAUGAAUUGGUUGAUAAUUUGAUGGAAGCAGAAUACAUUAAGUCAGAACUUGUAGAAAGUGUUUUCCGAGCUGUUGAUCGAGCAAACUAUUAUGCUGAUGGCUGUAAGGAGAAUGCAUACAAGGACUUAGCGUGGAAGCAUGGAAAUUUACAUCUAUCAGCACCAUGUAUUUAUGCUGAAGUGAUGGAACGCUUAAAGCUAGAACCAGGCUUAUCAUUUCUUAACUUAGGUAGUGGAACUGGAUAUUUGAACACUAUGGCUGGCCUUAUAUUAGGUCCUUAUGGCAUUAACCAUGGUAUUGAAAUUCACCAUGAUGUUGUACUCUAUGCUCAAGAAAAGUUGCAUGAAUUCAAUACUGAAUCAUUAGCAAUUGAUGGUUAUGAAUUCUGUGAACCAAAAUUUGUUGUUGGCAACUGUCUGCUGUUGGACAGUACUAACCGACAAUAUGAUCGUGUCUACUGUGGUGCCUCUUGUCCAGCUGAACAUGAAAAUUACAUGAAAAAUCUCAUUAAAGUUGGUGGAAUUUUAGUGAUGCCAUUAAAUGAUCAGCUUCUUCAAAUAACAAGAACAGGUGAAACAACAUGGGAUAUAAAAAAUCUUCUUCCUGUUUCAUUUGCAUCGCUUGUAAAACCAGUUCCACAAGAAGCACUAUCAAAUAGUGUUAGAUUACCCGAUUCUCAACCUUUGUCUCUACAAGAAAUUUGUCGUUCUUGCAUUAGAGUACUGUUAAGAUGUAUUGUGGAUACAGAACAUCCAUUAGUAAAAGAAAGAAAAAGAAGACAUCCAAAGAAAAAGAAAUCUAGACAUCGUAUCCGUCGCAUAGUCAUUCCUAUUUUCGACGAAAGUGAUAAUGAAAGCACUAAUGGAGGUGCUCAGGGUGAUGCAGUAGACGACAGUCCCCCUGAUGUCAGUUCUGACAGUCAUCCAUCUUACACAUCAGCAGUAGUUGAACAUGUAAUGAGUCAAGAUCCCGAAUUAAGAGAAGUAAUGGGAACCUCUCCUGCUUCCAGUUUUGAUGCUCUGGCUGCUGCCAUGGAAAAUGAUACACCAUCAACUAUCAAUGAUUCAAGUACUGGUAAUUCCUCCCAAUUAAAAGAAGGCAACGGUCUAAGAAAUAAUCAUCUCACUGGUGGAAACAAUGGAAAAAAGCAUGCUGUUGAUUCAGAAAAAUGUAGUUCCUCACAAAAAGAAAAAGAUUUACAAGAAAUGGAAGUGGAUGAUGACCUUGAACCCAGUGAUGACCAAAGUGAUCAUAAAUCUAAAUGCAGAGAACCACAGGAUAGAAAACGCUGCAUGGAAGAUGAAGACACACCUUCAGAAGCUGCACAUUCUAGUGAUGGAAGGAGAAAUACACGGAGUUUAAAAAAACGAAAUACAUCAGUCAUCUGGAAGCGAGUGGCCUUUGAUGAUCUAGAAAGUGAUUCUGACAACGAAGAAAACAAAACAGAGGAAGAAGAGCAUCAGGAAGAAGAAAAAGAACAAGGAAAUUACACCAUGUUCAUGAGAGAGAAAAUAAAUGCCCUUCCACUUCCAUUAACUUUGAAAUUUUAUCUUAACUAUCAUAGAGCUCUACAAUAAAACUUUGAGAAAAAUUUACAUCCAUCCCCCUUGUACAAAUAUUUCUUCCGAUGGAUCCACAUUAACAAAAAGCAGAACCAAAAGUUAUAUUUUCUAUGUUGAGAAACUCAAACCAACAAUUGAAUGUUGUCUAAACAAGAGGUUUUUUCUUUUUUGUUUUGUUGCUUCUUUGUUUUUAUAUAAAUUUCAUUUGAUUUAGUUUCUUCAAAUUCUUAAACUAAAAAGAAAAAUGUAAUUUUGUUAAAAUACACAUUGGAAUUUAUAGUUUUGAAAAGGCUUUUUUUUAAUUUAAUUUUAUUUUUUGGUAGCCUGCAUUCAUUUAACUGUUUAGUUUCUUUACUUUGUACAAAAGAUAAACACAAAAAUAUAUAAAUGUCAAAUGUAAUUUACAUCUCAUAAAAUAAUUUCAAAAGAUAUAUUUUACUGACUCAUAACUAUGUAAACACCAUAAAGAAUUUAUUUGUAUCUUUUUAUUUUAUCAAUAAGAAUCUAGAAUAGAGUGAAACUUAUCUUUUAAAUAAAGUUGAUACAUUCAAUUGCUCUAAAAAGUCAAAACUGUAUAUUUAUUGUCUUUGUUUCUAUAAAUCCAUUAUAGUAAGUGAUGUAAGUUCAUUGUUUUAAAAAAAAUUUAUUAUGUCUCAAGGAUGGACAUUCAUGGAAAAUUGUAUUUCAAAUAUCAAAUACCAUGUUUUGUUAUAAUAUAUGUUUAUGAAAACGACAAAAAUUAAUAAUGAGAGAAAGGUGGAAUGUUGAUAUGCUUGAUGCUAACCAGACACUACUCAAUAGAUAUAGAAAAAUGCUUUUAUUUUAAUUUUCACAUGGAAAGUUUGAGACUGUCAAUGACAUGUCUGUUAAAUAUGUAUCUUUAUAGACCUGGUAAAUGGAAUAAAAUUUAUUAAAUAGUAUUUUA